AUGGAUGAUUCACUUUACGAUGAAUUUGGUAACUACCUUGGGCCAGAAUUGCCUGAUUCCGACGAGGAGGAAAUAGUUCCUCAGCCCAUGCAAGAUGUUGAAGAUCUAUAUGAAGAAGGGGAAGAAGAUGCAGGUGGUCCGAGUAUGGCGCUUAUGGAAGUAGACGAUGUUCCCCAGACUCAAGUUGUUCUUCAUGAAGAUAAGAAGUAUUACCCAAGUGCCGAAGAAGUUUAUGGACCUGAGGUGGAAACUUUGGUUCAAGAAGAAGAUACUCAGCCUUUAUCUGAACCAAUAAUCCAACCCAUAAAAAUCAAAAAAUUUCAACUUGUGGAAAAAAAUCUUCCUGAGACAAGAUUUAAAAAAGAAUUUUUGGUGGAUAUGAUGAAUUUUCCAGAAUUAAUUAGAAAUAUCGCUAUUAUCGGUCAUUUACAUCAUGGUAAAACUUCUUUUGUUGAUAUGUUGGUUAAUGAGACCCAUUCAUCAGUAGCGUGGGAUGUAGAUAAGCAGGAGCGUUAUACCGAUACUCAUACAUUAGAAAGGGACAGAGGUGUUAGUAUCAAAAGUAUGCCGAUGACACUUGUCCUUCAAGACACGAAAUCUAAAUCAUACUUAUUCAAUAUUCUGGAUACUCCGGGUCACGUUGAUUUUGUGGAUGAGGUUACUGCGGCGCUUCGACUUUCUGACGGUGCAGUUAUUGUGGUAGACGCGAUUGAAGGGGUUAUGGCCAAUACCGAACGCGUUAUACGGCAUGUUAUACAAGAAAAUUUAGCGUUCACAUUAGUAGUAAAUAAAGUAGAUAGAUUGAUUUUAGAAUUAAAAUUACCACCAAACGAUGCAUAUUAUAAGUUAAAGCAUACCAUUGAAGAGGUGAAUUCUAUUAUAAGUCAACAUGCACAAGGUCGCGAUCUUCGCGUGUCUCCUGAACGCGGAAAUGUUUGUUUUGCGUCCAGUCAGAUGGGUUGGUGUUUUUCCUUAAAAUCGUUCGCAAAAAUAUAUGCGGAUACAUACGGUGAUAUAAGUGCUGAUGAUUUUGCAAAACGUUUAUGGGGUGAUAUUCAUUAUAAUCCCACAAAGAGGUCUUUCAGUAGGAAAGGCAUGGAAGUUAAAAGCCAACGUUCGUUCGUGCAUUUCAUUCUGGAACCUUUGUAUAAACUUUACUCUCAGGUAAUAGGCGAAGAUGAAGCUACUUUAAAAAAAACUUUAGCUUCUCUGGGUAUCUAUUUGAAGGCUUCACACUUUAAACUAGAUGUUAAACCAUUAUUACGGAUAGUGUUGGAUCAAUUCUUUGGUCCUGCAACUGGGUUCGUCGAUAUGGUUGUUCAACAUAUUCCUUCACCAGAAAAAAAUGCUAGUAAAAAGAUAGAACACACUUAUACCGGACCGAUGCAUACAGAUGUGGCAGAGGCAAUGCGUAAAUGCGAUUCAGAUGGUCCCUUAAUGAUUUAUGUGACAAAGUUAUAUAAUUCAUCUGAUGCGUCAACUUUUGACGCGUUCGGUCGGAUUUUGAGCGGGACGGUUAGAAAAGGUCAGACUGUAAGAGUACUUGGAGAAGGAUAUUCAAUUGAUGAUGAAGAGGAUAUGACAAUACAAGAAGUUUUAGAUGUUUGGAUCUUUGAAUCUAGAUAUCGAAUUGGUGUGGAUGGUGUACCUGCAGGAAAUUGGGUACUUUUGGGGGGCGUUGAUAACUCGAUUGUGAAAACAGCAACGAUUACUGAAAAUUCUGAUGAUGAAGGGCAUAAACAUAUAUUUAGAUCAUUGUCAUUUGUUACAACCGCUGUACUUAAAGUGGCUGUUGAACCUGUCAAUCCUUCUGAAUUACCUAAAAUGUUAGAUGGAUUACGAAAAAUCAAUAAAAGUUAUCCUAUAUUAAUAACAAAGGUCGAAGAAUCUGGCGAGCAUAUUAUUCUUGGCACAGGAGAAUUAUAUUUGGACUGUGUUUUACAUGAUCUUCGAAGAAUGUAUGCUGAAAUAGAACUUAAAGUUUCGGAUCCUGUUGUUCGAUUCUGUGAAACUGUUGUGGAAACAUCUGCUUUAAAAUGUUUUGCCGAAACUCCAAAUAAAAAGAAUAAAUUGACCAUGAUAUCCGAGCCAUUAGAAAAAGGUAUCGCUGAAGACAUUGAAGCUGGUAGAGUAAGCAUAAAAUGGGAUGUAAAAGAUAUUGCAAAAUUCUUUGAAGAAAAAUAUUCUUGGGAUGUGUUAGCAUCUCGUUCAAUAUGGGCAUUCGGACCUGAUGAGAAUGGUCCAAAUAUUUUGGUCGAUGAUACAUUACCCGCUGAGGUGGACAAGAGUUUACUAAAACUUAUUCGAGAUUCAAUACGACAAGGUUUUCAAUGGGGUACUCGAGAAGGACCUUUGUGUGAUGAACCUAUACGUAAUGUCAAAUUUAGGUUAUUGGAUGCCGUUGUGGCACCCGAACCUUUAUUCCGUGGAGGUGGACAAGUAAUUCCUACUGCAAGACGUGUUUGUUACUCUUCGUUUCUCACGGCAACACCAAGAUUGAUGGAACCAGUAUAUUACGUUGAAAUUCAAGCACCGGCUGAUUGUGUUUCAGCUGUGUACACAGUUCUGGCCAGAAGGAGAGGACAUGUCACACAGGAUAUUCCUAAGGCAGGCUCUCCAUUAUAUACCGUUAAAGCUUAUAUUCCUGUGAUUGAAGCAAAUGGAUUUGAAACAGAUUUAAGAACUCAUACACAAGGACAGGCAUUUUGUCAACAGAUGUUUGACCAUUGGCAGAUUGUUCCUGGUGAUCCGUUGGAUAAAAGUAUUGUUCUUCGACCUUUGGAACCUAGUCCAGCACAGCAUUUGGCAAGAGACUUUAUGGUAAAAACCCGAAGACGAAAAGGGUUAUCUGAAGAUGUUUCUGUUAAUAAGUUUUUCGAUGAUCCAUUAUUAUUAGCUAUGGCGCAGUCAGAUGUUCUUGGUGGAUAUACACUUUAG